AAGUGAUAUAUUUUUGAGGUCACUCCUUCGAAUGCAAAAAUGUUCUUCGAAAGUUUACUGAACUGUAACCUCUCUGACAAUUUUUCAAAAUUUUCCCAUAUGCGCCAUAGGAGUUUUCGUCGUGGUUAGGCUUGCGCAGUGUGAUUUCGAGAUUUCAUUCAAGAAAAGCAAAUACUUUCCAUGAGCUAUAUUUAAAGCGUUACGAAUACAAAGUGUGAUAAUAAUACUACAGCGGUUCACUACGUUCUAUAAAUGUAUACUUAACUUAAAAGUAUGAACCGAAACGGAAGUACAUAUUAGAAUUAUUUGGACUAGAAUUUAUACAAGCACGAGCUUUUGACAAAUUCAAACGCAGCCCCUCCAUUUUACCGGAAAUUCCCGAACGUUUCUCAGGUAAACCAAUGAGAAAGCCAAAUUUGACUUGAAAGAUCCAGUGAUGUAUUUUUUGUUCCAAACAAAGUAAAAACGCCAAAAAAUGUGGUUAAAGUGGCUGUAAAUAGUUCAAAGUGUUAUUAUAGUAUAGUUCCUCUUAUGCUAACCCCUUUCACAAAACCGUUAUAAAAGGACUAUUCGUUGCUCCAGCCUGAAUAUAUUUUCGAUGUUGUAACCAAAAAAUUGCUUCGCCAAAAUGGACGAAGUUAGAGCUCGAAUACAAUCCCAAAGUUCAGUCUGUAGCGAUUCAAAUGGUGACGACUCUGCUAAACAUGACGUGCCUACAAGCCUUAAUACGAGAUUGUGCCUAGUGGGCGCUUUAACAAAUGAUACAGCACUUCGAACCGUAGCAGAGUCAUAUGGUGUACCUGUGGUCACCUCUGAAGAUGGACAAGAAUACAUCCAUGAUGAUAGUAACAGUACGAUCUUUGUACUUGAAAAUUUUGAAGGAAAUGUAUAUGAAAAUUUACACAAAACUCGGAAGCGGUUGUUGGGAACGACAGCACUGCAACAGCUUGUUAAGAAAAAAGAGAAACUUCCUCUGAAUACUAGGCCUUUAUUCAAUUUAGCUAUGACCGGAGUAGUUGUUUGUUUCACUGGAUUCAGGAAUAAGGAAGAACUGACUAAGCUGGUACCUUUGAUACACCAUAUGGGCGGAUCCAUACGAAAAGAUAUGUCUACAAAAGUAACCCAUUUGAUUGCUAACGUGUGCGGUGGCGAUAAAUAUCAGUACGCUGUUACGUUCAAGUUACCAGUUAUGAAUCUGCAAUGGGUUCAUCACAGUUGGGACAGGAGGCAUGACUUGGACUUCAAUGCGACUUCGGAAAAAGUUGUUAGUGAGCAUAAACUGAAACCUUUCCACGGCGCGAGAGUUUGUUUCGUCGGCUUUCCACCUGAAGAAGAAAAGCAUAUGACCGAGGUGCUGCUGUGUAAUGGAGGUGAAGUCACUAGUAUAGAUGAUAUCUCGUGCACACAUGUGGUUAUGGAUCAAUCCGAAGUCUACACAUUAGAGGCUACUAGUGCACCACUUUCACCUAAAGUCAAGCCAACCCAUAGUACAGAGAACCUACCACCACCCGAUACCCCUUCUUUCCUUAAAACUAAAACUCCCAAAACUCCUGUUCAGAACAACAAAGGGGUGAAUUUCUUCAAAAUAAGUCAAAGCGCUACGUGCUUGGAAACGCUGCACGAGAACUUUCACAAUCAGAGUGUUGUGAAUGAAUUGGAUAGCGUUUGUUUCGAUCAGUCGUUUGACCCGAACGUCACCCCUUGUAAAAGAAAAAGGUUCGUGUCACCAGAGCGACCAGGUGACAAAAGAAAGAAGGAUAAGAGCUUUAGCGAACGGAAGCGAAAAGUUUCUGACUUCUUCAAAACACCGAUCAACUACUUUUCGAAUCGCCGAAGAACUAUCGAUGCCACGACGUUCGAUCAGAGUUUGAGCGAGAGCGUCAUAUCAAGUUCUGGUGUUUUUAACGUAGACACAGUACAGAACCUGACCACGUGCCCAGACGGAACACCGCUAGGGGCCCAAAAGAGACCUAAGAAAAACCUGUUCACCAGGACAUUCAGCUCGUCGAAGUUCAGUCGGAAAUCGAGAAAGACUCUCGAAUUGAACGCCACUCAAUUGUCGUUUGGUGAACCGAGCGCGGUUGACGGCAAAGAUAAGUUGAAUGCCAGUUGUUUCCCUGACAUUUCCCUGAAUCCUGUUCCUACUAACAAUCAUAAGCUUAGCUGUGACAUUGCCGGGGCGUCGAGGAGAACUUCUGUAGCUGCUGUUGCGGUCGUGGAUGAAUCUACUGUAGCUGACAGGCUAGAAGGACCUGCUAAAGCAUGGGUGGUCAAAGCUGAAUGGUUCUGGACGUCAGUACAGAAGGAAAUUAGCUUGGGAGAAAAGGAAUAUUUAUUUGAUGACUAUGUCGAUCAAGUGUUGUCGCCGGGCGGCAGGCGCGACUCGCAGGUGGCCGGAGGGACAGCGACGCCAUCUAGCGCCAGUCGACGGAAGCGGAAGAGGCUGCACGAUACUAUCCAAUCGCUGGCAAUGUCCACCGCAUCUCCUAGCUUGCACAAGCGCAGGUCUUCAGUCAGUGACGCCGGAUUGCUUAGCGUCAGUGGCUCGUUUCUUGAUUGUACGACUAGUCCUAAUAGUAAGGAAUUGUUGGAUGGUGCCUUAGAACCGCAACCCGUAGAAACGCCAAGAAAAGCUUUAACUCAGCGGCAUCAAGUAUUCCUUGAACUACUGCAGACGGAAACCAACUAUGUAGAUAUACUCCACACGAUUAUGACGAUGUUCAAGAAGCACCUGGAAGAAAUGCCUGAGGAGGAAGCUUUGCUGAACAAUACGGAACUGAACUUGAUAUUCGGCAAACUGCCGCUGAUCUACGAGACUCACGUGAAGAUGUUGGACGAAUUCAGGUGGACGUCCGUUCAUUGGAACGAGGAACGAACGAUCGGUAAUAUCAUUGUAAAGUACUCGACAGAGCUACUGAGAGCCUACCCACCGUUCAUUAACUACUUUGAAGAAAUGAAGGAGGUGCUGCAGCAGUGCGACCAGAACAAGCCCAGGUUUCACGCUUUUCUCAAAGCUUGCCAGACCAGGCUGGAAUGCGGCAGGCAGAGCUUGCAAGAGCUCAUGAUCAGGCCGGUGCAAAGGCUUGGUAGUAUUAGCUUACUUUUAAAUGAUAUUUUAAAACACACCCAAAAAACGAAUCCAGAUCAUGCUGCACUAGAGCAAGCUCUGGCCGCAUUACGAGAAGUUAUGACUCACAUAAAUGAAGAUAAGCGGAAAGCAGAGGGCCAAGUGACGUUAUUCAACAUAUUCAAAGAUAUAGAUAACUGUCCGCCGGACAUCGUAUCGUCGCAUCGCAGUUUCGUAACGAGGGCCGAAGUGUUGCAGAUAUCCCAGUCGGAAGGCUUGGCGAGCAAAGGUAACAACCUGGUGCUGUUCCUGUUCUCCGACCAGCUGGAGGUGUGCAAGAAGAAAUCGAAGGCGUACACGUUGAAGAGUCCAUCAACGGUUGGCGGUAGUUUACAGAGUAAACCGCCGCCGAAACCGUUCAAGCAUGUCAGGCUGAUCCCGCUCAACACUAUCAAAAGGGUGAUAGAUGUUACGGAAGCGGAAGGAUGUCAUAAAGUUUUUAGCUUAGUUUGUAGAAAUAACGAAGACCUGAAAGAAAGAUUACAUUCAUUUGCCAUGGUUGAUGAAGAUUCGGAUAAAGUUGCAUUUUUGAAGACCCUUACGAGGACGAUGGCAAAUAACGCGUGUACGGCUGAUGCGGAAAAGUUCAUGGCGUACAUCGACGCCCACCAGCUGGACAUCGACACCAGCGAGGUGAGCAACAAUGGCUCCCUAUCGAAGGCGUUCGCAAAGUUCGCGACCACCCGGUUCAAGGUCAGCAGGGCGUUCUCUUUCAACAAGACCCCCUCGAAGCUGAAACGAGCCGUGUCCUCUAUGAUGUCUCCAUUCGGCAGCUCCACCGCACUUACGCCUGCCUCACAGCUGGCGCAAAUGAAGCUAGCUAGCUACAGCAACAUUAACGAAUUGGGAAAUACGGAAGAUGAAACUCUGCCGAUGCCUGCAGCACCAAUGUCUGUACAGCCAACGCGAAAAGUAAACUCAGCAUCCUUAGGAACGAACGCUAUAAAGAGAUGUUGACGGUUGAUUCUAAGUUUUACCUCUUAAUAUAUUUUAUCGAAUCUAUUAUAUUUGUACAUAUUCAUUUUAUUCUAAAACCGAGCGUGUUUAUCAGCUUUUUAGUAUCGUCAUAAGUAAGAUGUAAAUUUUAUAAAUUGUCACUCCGUUCCCAUUUCAUUGAGAAAUAAUUUAUGUAUUAUAUUUAUUCAUUAUACAAGUCGCACAUAGAUCGAGCAUAAACGUAGUUUUGUACUGUUAUAUUUAUUCACCUUAUAGGUGAUAUCAUUUUGAGAAAUGAAGAUGCAGCUUUCAUUGAACCGUCUCUUGUGUUUACCUUACAACCUAUCUCUUCCAAUCCAUUUUUGAUUAACCCUGCUAUCAAACUAUCUUCUUUUGAACAUAUACUGAAUGACAAAAAAAAAAAACAUACGUAUGUUUAUUAGAAUUCGAG